AGCCUUGGAGGAAAAACGAUCCAUCAAUCAAGACACGUAAUCUUCUUUUGAAUGAAAGAUUUUAAUGACACCCCCAGUGGAAACAUAAGCUUUCUGUAAUUUGUGUGAAGUUCCAUUGCCAAGACACGGUUUACUUUCUUGAAGACUGGAAACCUUUGGAUAAUUUUUAUAUACGUAGAUUCUAUAAUGGUGACAAAAAACCCUGUCAGUGUCUAUUCAGGUUUGUGCCUUCAAAGGGAAUGUAUUAUGAAAAAUUUGUGAUUUGUGGCAAUAAGUUAAUGUUUUUUGGUGUUUGAAACAUAAGAACCUCCAUAAUGUAAAGUAAAUCAGCAGGAACGUCAGCUACCUAGUAACCACUGCCCAGCCUGUUACCUAGCAACCCGAACAGACCUCUUGCAUGCUUGAUCAAAUGGUUUUACCUCUAUAUGGGCUGUUUUGUCUUUUCCAAAACACUUGGAAAAGACAAGGGUUUUGUUGUUGACUUACCAUUCAUUAACCACUUGAUGUAUUCUUGUUGGUUGUACAUAAGUCUCUAGUAAUGCUUUUCAAAGAUGUACAGUUGUAUAAUUGAGCACUUGUUUGCAUGCAUUUUCACUUGAGUGUGAACUUUGAGUUGGGAGACGUGGCCAGCAGCAGCAGCUUAUAUGGAUUUAUCAAUUAAUCAGUCAAUCACAUUUAUUAGUAUAGAGAAUUUCAGCAAUAAGGCAGUUCAAAGGGCUUUAUGUCAUAAAAACACAAAACUACAAAGUCAUGGAAUGCACAGUCAACAAUUGAAACAUUACUUUUUGCCAAAUGCCAGCAUCAAAGUAUUGGUUAGUGUUUCAUUUACUAUGAAAUUUAAAGUGACAAGAGGUCUUAAAACAGCUCAUUCUGAAAGGAGCUCAAAAUAUUCAGACUGUCCAGACUGAAAUCUCAUCAUCUAAGAAUGACAUUAUACCAAAACAUAAUAAUAAAGUAAAUGCAGUUAUCAUGUUUUGUGUAGUGCAUAGACCUACCCUAACCUGUUUAAAUGAUAGGACACUUUUAAACAGUUGCAGUUUCCACAAAUGCAAUAAUAAUAUUUCUAUAAGUGCCUGACCUCUUGUGAGAACUAUUAUCCAUAAAUGGGGAAAAAAGCAUAUAUCUAAUUUUUGACAGCAAAGAGCAUUGAAAAAAAUGGAGAUUUAAUAAUUAAUUUGAAUAAGUUAUGAUCACUAUGAACUCAGAAUCUCAGGGCAAAAUUCAGAGAGAAGCUUUAAAUUAUGCAAAAAGUGCAACAAACUGUAAGAAUGCCAGUUAUUUUUAAUUUACACCAGUAGAUGGCGCUAUUUGCUUCUCAGAGGGGUGGUUUGACAUGAAGAGACUCAGAAUGUAGAAAUUUAAGAUUUAAAUGUUAAGUUAAAAAAAUGGUCCUUGUUUCUGAUCAUAAAGUUUCUUCGUAUUUAUAAAACUAGUCUAAAAUGUUUGCAGUCACACUUUGUGUUUAGAUAAGCAUCAAAAUUACACAGAUCUAUUUCAACGGCGAAGCCCAUUAUUGUAAGGAACACUAAAAUAUGCUGGUGGCAGCAUCAAGAUCUGUUUUUAAAUCUAUACUGAAAUUAUUAGUUGUUAAAGUGGUAGCAUUAUGUCUCAAACUUUCCCCUCCAUCACAGAUUUCAGUUGAAUUUUACAGGUUUAUUUUUAACAGGGACGUUUAAGAAUCAGUGUGACGUGUACACUGAAUGUAUUUUGGGUGUGUAUUUUUACAUGGGUAUUUUUAAGCUCAGCCGAUGCUCAUCUUAUUCAUUUGAAUGCAGUUAACACAAUGCAAUUUCUCCAAUAUCAUGGAAUGACAUAUGUCUGAAUUUAUUAAAAAAUUAAUUUUGUCAAAAGCUUUAAAGAAUGACUCACUUACCCAAAUAAGUUGCCAAAAGAAAAAAAGAAAAACCUAAAAUGACUUCCAAAUACUGCCGGGAAGAGAGGCGCUCACCGAGGCAAACCAGAUAUUCAGGAAACACUGCAAUGAAAUAAAAGAAAAGAAAAUUCUUUAUUUCAUCUAAUCGUUUCAUUUUUAAAUAAUUUGGUCUUCUCAUGGCUCACAAUUUUUUUUUAAUGUAACAUUAACUAUACGUAAAAUGUACACCACAGAUUAAGCAAUGGCAAUAGUUAAACAUUAAACUGGAAUGAAGCCUGUGUGCUUAUUUGCAUUCAACAGGUUUUCUGGCAGGAGGGGGAGUUGCAUCUGAGGUGUGACACUGCGCACAGGAAAAGCUUCAAAGUUCUCCGAUGCAGAAAAGCAGACGGAAGGUGAGGGGACUAUCUGAAAAAGUUAGCAGGAAGGAAAAAAAAAGGAUGAGGGGAAGGAUUUUCAUUUCAGUCGUCUUCUUUGGAAGUGUGUUGACUCUGGUGUGGUACUUACAGGACAUCAGCAAUGGGGAAAAUAACCAAAACCAGCAUAAGAUGAGAAGCGCACCUGACACCAUUGCUUCUUGUAAAAACUGCGGAGAGAAAAUUAAGCAGGCAUUAGAGAUAUACUCUGAAACCUGGACAAAACAAGACUUCAACUAUGAAAAAUUCAGGUUGGACCUCAGGGUGAACGUCAACGGUUUUGAUGAAGCCGUCAUAACCCAGACGAACACUCCAGUGGGAUCCAGGCUUGUUUAUGACGGUGAGAGGAAGAGGAUUAUGAAUGUGACCCAACAGAUUUACGACUUAUUUCCAAAAGGUCACCCUUUCUCAAAUAAAAGAUGGGACACAUGUGCUGUCAUCGGGAAUGGUGGGAUUGUGGCAAACAGCAGCUGUGGAAAAAUGAUCAAUUCAGCUGAUUUUGUCAUUAGGUGUAACCUGCCUCCUUUGUCAAACGGAUAUGAGAAAGAUGUUGGAACCAAGACAAACCUUGUAACAGCAAACCCAACCAUUCUCUUAAGAAAGUUUGAGUCUCUAGUGGGACGUCGACGUCCUCUAAUGAAAACGCUGAGUAGCUAUGGGAACUCGAUGCUGCUCCUCCCUGCCUUCUCCUUUGGUAUGAAUACAGCUGUUUGCAUGCGAACUCUUUACACCAUUCAGGACUUUGACUCUGCCAUCCAACCUGUCUUCAUCAAUCCGGAAUACCUCAUUAAACUCUCUACAUUUUGGCACGCACAUGGGCUGAAAGAAGCACGGCUCAGCACCGGAGUCAUGAUGACAAGCCUGGCAUUGGAGCUUUGUGAUAACGUGCAUCUUUAUGGAUUUUGGCCAUUUGGUAUUCAUCCAUUCAACUUCAAAAACUUGACUAACCACUAUUAUGAUGACAUGAAACCAAAUACCAAUUUUCACUCCAUGCCGGUUGAGUUCGGCAUACUCCUACAGUUACACAAAAAUGGUGUGCUACGCCUACACCUUGGGGACUGUCAAUAACAUCAUUACCAGUUACAUAAAAGAGAACAAGUUCUUCUUUUGUAAUGAUAGGGUGGCAAUGCCUCAGAUGCUUAAUCCUGUUGAGAGAAAGGGAUUGAAUAUGCCAAAGGUUUCUGGGAACUGUCUUCUCUAGGCAGGUAUUUCAACUAUAAUAACACAGUGUCUAUUCAAAUAAGGUGAGCUCUUUUUAUAUUUAUUACUGUUUACAACAAAAACUGCAUUGAAUCAAACUGACCACUAUUGAGAAAAAAGGGUAAAUAGUCACUUGUAUACACAAUGGCAGGAAUCAAGUUUUUUGGUUGUAUCAGAAUGGUAUUGAGUCUUAUAUUUAUUUGGGGAAAUAUUGCAUUUAUGUUGCAAUCCACAAAAUAAAAAUCACUUUUACUGGUUA